GAGAGAAACCCUUCAAAUGCGAAUACGAAGGUUGUGACCGUAGAUUUGCCAAUUCCUCAGACAGAAAAAAACAUUCACACGUUCACACUUCGGACAAACCUUACAACUGCCGGAUAGCAGGGUGUGAUAAAUCCUACACGCAUCCCUCCUCCCUUAGAAAGCAUAUGAAAGUUCACGGAUGUUCUGGAAGGUCGCCACAUCACUACGAAAGCGACGGCGAAGAAUCGAAUACUUCCUCCACGGGAAGCAUAUCAGUUGCAGCUUCUCCUCAUAUUUCCUCCCCGCAAGUACCUGGAGCGACGGCUCUAAGUGACUGGUAUGUUUGUCAAACUACACCUUCAGCGCCUGACUCUUUGAGUGGUUUGGGCCAUUUUGGAACUUUACACCACGGUGGAGCGGCCACUGCAUAUUGA